AUGAGAGGUUUUUGGGAACUCGUCUGGCGUUUGGCGGGCCACGCAGCGUGCAGCUGGCUGCUCGGCUUAGCGCCGGCCCCCUCGCCUCGCCGCUGGGAGCAGGUGCUGGAGCUGGCUGCCCACCUCCAGGCCACCUACGCCUCCCAUGACGCCCGUCUCAGCCCGACUCGGCCCCAAGACCCCCUUCCCGGCUCCAAGAGACUGGCGAGCAAGCAGGAGUUCCAGAAGGUGGUGGAAUCCUUGAAUAGGACGGAGAUGCCCUGCCAGGCCUUAGUAAGGAUGCUGGCCAAAACAACAGGCUGGAAGGAGAAAAUGCUCUUGAAUCUAAAAACUCAGGACGUGCACCAACGACGGCCGGCCGGUGCUAUCGCCAACGCUACGACCUCUGGAGCCGCGGCUCAAGAGAAGCAAAAGAGUCCCGCCCGUGCUCCUCAAAAUAAAAGCAGAGGAAAGAAGGGGAAGGGGAAGGGAAAGUCAAAGCCUGAACCUCCGGAGGAAACAGACCCCAGGAAGUUGGAGUUGAUGCGUUGGGUGAACUCUCUGGAGCAGGCCAUGAUGGAUGCUCUCGUGCUCGACCGAGUGGACUUUGUCAAACUGCUCCUUGAGAAUGGGGUCAAUAUUCACCACUUCCUCACCAUUCCCAGACUGGAGGAGUUAUACAACACGAAACUUGGUCCUGCUAAUUCCCUCAAUGCUGUGGUGAGGGAUGUCAAAAAGGGAAACCUUCCUCCAGAUUAUCAGAUCACUGUGAUUGAUAUUGGUCUGGUGCUGGAGUGCUUCAUGGGGGGAGCUUACAGGAGCAAUUACACCAGGAAGGCUUUCCGCAACCUCUACAAUAAUUUGUAUGGACUAAAAAGGCCGAAGGCCCUGAAGCUUCUUGGAAUGGAGGAUGAUGAACCACGGUCAAAAGGAAAGAAAAAGACGAAAAAGAAAAAGGAGGAGGAGGUGGAAAUUGACGCGGAUGACCCCGAGGUCUGUCGCUUCAAGUUCCCCUUCCACGAGCUGAUGCUGUGGGCGGUGCUGAUGAAGCGCCAGAAGAUGGCACUGUUUCUGUGGAAGCGUGGAGAAGAAGCCAUGGCGAAGGCCCUGGUGGCCUGUAAACUGUAUAAAGCCAUGGCACAUGAGUGCUCUGAGAGUGAAUUGGUGGAUGACAUCUCCCAAGACCUGGAGAACAACUCCAAGUGAGA